AUGCAACCCAUCAUCCUGUAUGACAUACCAUCCAAGCUCCCCAAGAAAAAAUGGGCACCCAACCCAUCAAAGACAAGAUUCUGUUUCGGCCACAAAGGCCUUCCGUAUGAGGUUAUCUGGGUGGAGUUUUGUGACAUUGUUGCAACCAUGAAAGGUAUCGACGCAUCUCCAACAGCUGGGAAAAGAUACACCGUGCCAACCAUUAAAGACCCCAACACUGGCGUAGUGGUCUCCGACUCCCAUGCUAUUGCCAAAUACCUCGACGAGACCUACCCUGACAAGCCACUUAUACCCCGCGGGGCACACGUACUCUUAGAGACAUUCGAGACCCUGUAUAUCAACACAGUCAUGAUGCCGUCCUUCAAGCUCCUCAUGACCAGAACUCUCGAGAUACAGAAUGAUAUUAGUCGGCAAGUAUUCAUCCAAUCGCGGUUAAAAAUGUUUAGAGAAACACAUUGGGAAGAUAUGGCUCCUGAGGGGAAGGCGCAGCAAAUGUGGGCUGCGUUAAAGAAGAACCUUGGUGUGGUGGACGGGUGGUAUCAAAAGAGCGGGGGUAGGUGGAUUAUGGGAGACACGUUCUCGUUCGCAGAUAUCGUCGUGGUGUCUUGGAUGGUUUGGUGGAACGCUAUCUUGAACAAACAAGAACGCCAAGAGAUCCACACAUUGCACGGGGGAAGAUGGGCACGUCUUUUGGCAGAUGUGAAUGCCGAGUGCAACACAGAGUUAGGCUCCUUUGAAGAACAUAGUCGUUCCCUCUUAUGA